AUGCCUGAAGCACCUAGAGACUACAACCUUGUUGAACAGAACAAAAAAAUCCUCGACUUCAUUGAGGAUGUUACCUCAAAACCCGACCAUGUCCAAGAACAAGUCCUCUCAGAAAUCCUCUCUCGCAAUGCAAACGUUGAGUAUCUCAAACGGUACAAUCUCAAUGGUAACACAAACCGUGACACCUUCAAAAAACUCAUACCUGUUAUCUCAUACGAAGAUAUUCAACCCGAUAUCGAACGCAUCGCAAAUGGUGACACCUCUCCCAUCCUUUGCUCCAAACCCAUUUCAGAGUUUCUCACAAGUUCUGGUACAUCUGGUGGUGAGAGAAAACUUAUGCCAACAAUUGAAGAGGAGUUAGGAAGGAGAAGUUUGUUGUAUAGUUUAUUGAUGCCAGUGAUGAGUCAGUUUGUUCCUGGAUUAGAAAAAGGGAAAGGAAUGUACCUAAUGUUUAUAAAAUCUGAGGCUACAACACCUGGUGGAAUUGUAGCUAGGCCUGUUUUAACAAGCUACUACAAAAGUUCUUAUUUUAGAGAUAGACCCUAUGACCCUUACACAAACUACACAAGCCCAAAUGAAACUGUGCUCUGUCCUGAUUCAUAUCAAAGCAUGUAUUCUCAACUCCUUUGUGGUCUUUGCCAAAACAAAGAGGUUCUAAGGGUUGGUGCUGUUUUUGCCUCUGGUUUCAUAAGGGCUAUUAGGUUUCUUGAAAAACACUGGACCCUUCUUGCAAAUGAUAUUAGAACAGGAACUGUUAACUCCUUAAUUACUGACAUAACAGUGAGAGAUUCUGUCAUGAAAAUUCUUAAACCCGAUCCUAAGCUUGCUGAUUUUAUUCAAACUGAGUGUAGUAAGAGUUCUUGGCAGGGGAUUAUUACUAGGUUGUGGCCUAAUACUAAGUAUGUGGAUGUUAUUGUGACAGGAACAAUGUCACAGUAUAUUCCUAUUUUGGAUCAUUAUAGCAAUGGUUUACCACUUGUUUGCACUAUGUAUGCUUCGAGCGAAUGUUACUUUGGUGUUAAUCUUAACCCUCUUUGUAAACCUAGAGAAGUGGCUUAUACACUUAUUCCCACCAUGUGUUACUAUGAGUUUUUGCCUGUUAAUAGAACCAAUGGUGUCACUGAUUCUCUUCACACACCUAGAUCCCUUAACGAGAAAGAACAGAAAGAGCUCGUCGAGCUUGUUGAUGUCAAACUCGGUCAAGAAUAUGAACUUGUUGUCACUACUUAUGCUGGGCUAUACCGUUAUAGAGUUGGUGAUGUGCUGAAAGUAGCUGGAUUCAAGAACAAAGCACCACAGUUCAACUUUGUAUGCAGAAAAAACGUUGUAUUGAGCAUUGAUUCAGACAAAACCGAUGAGGUUGAGCUUCAGAAUGCAAUGGCAAAUGCUGUGACACAUUUAGUACCAUUCAGCGCAACGGUGUCGGAAUACACAAGCUAUGCAGACACAACAACAAUUCCAGGACACUAUGUGCUAUACUGGGAACUCACACUGAACAAAUCAAAACCAAUUCCACCUUCUGUUUUUGAAGAUUGCUGCUUAACAAUUGAAGAGUCACUAAACAGCGUGUAUCGACAGGGCCGCGUCUCGGACAAAUCGAUUGGUCCGCUCGAGAUAAAGAUCGUGGAACAGGGCACCUUUGAUAAACUAAUGGAUUAUGCCAUUAGUUUAGGUGCUUCAAUUAAUCAGUACAAGACACCAAGGUGUGUGAAGUUUGUCCCUGUUGUUGAACUCUUGAACUCAAAGGUAAUGUCAAGUUACUUUAGUCCCAAGUGUCCAAAAUGGGUUCCUGGUCACAAACAAUGGAUCAAUCAGAAUUGA